GAGGCCAGAGGUGAGAGUUCGCGCAGGCGUCAUGGCGGCGCUGUGUGGCUCCCAUGCCGGGGCUGCAGGGAGCCGAUUCCUAAGAGCGCUUCUCUUCUCCAAGCCCUUUCGAAAGGCCAGCACGGAGAGUGGCUCCGAGAGCGCGGCCCUCGACUCCUCCGCUCCUCGGGCGCGCUCAGGCGGCUUCGCGAGCGCUCUGGAGCGAAUCUCGGAGCUGCAGCGGAAGGCGGAGCUCGGGCUGGAGUCUCCAAAAAAUGUGGAAUCCUUUGCUUCCAUGCUGCGACACUCUCCACUGACACAGCUGGGGCCUGCCAAGGACAAACUGGUCAUUGGACGGAUCUUUCAUAUUGUGGAGGAUGAUCUCUACAUAGAUUUUGGUGGCAAGUUUCACUGUGUGUGUAAAAGACCAGACGUGGAUGGCGAGAAGUACCAGAGGGGCACCAGGGUCCGGCUGCGACUCCUGGAUCUUGAGCUAACAUCGAGGUUCCUGGGUGCGACCACAGAUACAACUAUACUAGAGGCUGAUGCCGUUCUCUUAGGACUCCAAGAGAGCAGAGACUCCAAAUCAAGAGAGGAACAACUCAACAAGUAAAUGAAUCUGCGUGCUUCAGUCAAAACAGGCUCUGUUUUGAGCCCAGAUAACUGUCAAGAAUGCAAUUAGAAAACUGUGAAUAAGUGAUUGAAUAAAGUUGUAAUAAAUGAAAACUCA